AUGUCUUUCCUCGGCUUCGGAAGACCACAGCCCACUUCGGAGGAGAAGAUCGCAGCUGUCCAAGCUGAGAUGAAGCUCUUAACCCAGAUGCACGACCGUCUCACAAAAGCAUGUGCGAAGAAAUGUGUCCCCAAUGACUACCGAGAAUCCGACCUCAACAAGGGCGAAAGCGUCUGCCUCGACCGAUGUGCCGCAAAGUUUUUCGACGUACAUAUGAAGGUAUCAGAACUAUUGCAGCAAGAAAUGCAAAGUAAAGGAGCUGGCGGCGCCGGGUUUGGCUUUGGUGGUUAA